CAUUUCAUGUGCGAGGCUCUUUACUGAGGAAGUCGUGCGUCUGUUUUGUUUAGUCUAUUUAUUGUCCAUUCGUGGAAUGCAAUGACCGGUGUGUAUAAGUUUAUACAUACUAUGAAUUUAUGAAGCUGUAAAACAGACCAGCAAGGCCAGAUUUCGUUAAAAGUGAUCGUAAGAGCAAAUGAGACAAGCAAGGAAGUUAAAAAUAUUGUAAGAAGUGUUAAGUACUGCACUGAACUCUUAAGAGCAAAGAGAAAUCGAAAGAAGAGACGAAGAAUCUCGUGAUUUUAGAAUCUGGACGACGAAAUGAUGACAGCUAAAUUGGCUCUUACAGUCCUUCUAGAAUUUGUCUCGCCUAAAUCAUUUCAAGGAAGAAACUUAACGGGAACAGUACGUCUCGUACGUGAUUUAGCUGCAGAUAUUUAUGCAAAUAUACAACAGUGGAACAAUCUUCAUAUUGAAGGACUUACUUACUUAAAAGAUAUAACACGGGAAAGCCAUAAUCAAAAUUAUUAUGAAAAUCUGCAAACUUUCUGUGAUAAAUUGGAAAAUAUUUGUGAUAAUCUGGAUGGCAUAGUUAGAAAUUUUGAUCAAAUUAAGCAUCAGCUAAUAGCUAUAUCGAUCUUACAAAAAACUACAGAUAAAUUGUUUGUAACAUGGCCGACAAUAAAGUUUGGUGAGGUAGCAGAAACAAUAUACAAAGCGUAUUAUAUGGAAGCUAAAUCGAAACGCAAAUUACUGGAAAACGUUGCACAUAAUUAUACGGAGCCUUGGAAGAUGCUUCAUCUUGCGGCAUGGGUGUGCGAGCCUUUAUUAACUGAAGAUUUAACGAUUUUAUUAGAUUCGUUGCUUAUUGAAACUGGUUAUAGGUAAUAAAAACUUUUAAUGCAACAUUUUAUAUAAAUUUUAUUUUUACUUUAAUUAAAUAAAAUAACUUGAGGUUUUUUUACAUAAUGCAGUCAGAUUGAUUUUGAAUAUGAUGUCAUUCCUUUACAAGUAACAGAUUGCAUAGUUUUAUUUAUUUAUAUCAACUUCAAAUUGAAACUUUAGUUAGUUUCGUUAGUUAUACUGUAUUAAGUUUUGAUGGGAAAACAAAUAGUAGUUUUAAAUCGUAAUUAGCGAUUCUUUUAGAACGUAUAACGAAGAAACUAUUGUUAUUUGUCAGUUUCCCGACGAGAUCUUUCUAGAAGAAUUUCUGCUUUUAUAAGACGCGAGAGUGCGCUUUGCAGUUACACUGUCGCUCACUCGUUACUCGUCCUCUCGCGAACAAAAUCAAAUCUACGUAAUUGUUAAUCAGCAAACUAUUUUUGUUAUACUUUUAUACUUUAUAAAUAAAAAGCAAGAAUAAAUAACUAUUGUAUUCAGUACAACUACGCUAAUAACGCACAUAGCAACAGGAAAUUAAGAUUUCUAUUGCUAUGCAUAUGCGCAACGGAUUCAAAUGCCGCAUAUGCAAAAGAAUCGAAAAACGCUCCGGGCUUCCGCCCAAAAGACUAUCGUGCUACGCCAGCUAUUGCUGAGUCGCUUUCCGGUACUCGUAUUUUGGCUAACCGCGAGAGCUGCAUUUUGCAGGAACACGAUUGGUCGAACCAAGUGACAAAUUUGUAUAUAAAUAGAGCGACCAAAUUGGAAAGCGACGGAGAGUCAAACGAACAGCUGUCCGGUAUGUUACUCGCCGUGCGUGACUUACACGUCGAGUCGGUAAUAUAAUCUGGAGAUAACACGCUGACUUUUAUAUACCGGGCCGUUCGGGAAAGCAAGUGUACGUAUGACACAUAGUCAAACAACAAAUGUAACGAGGGAAAAACUGAAGAAAUAUACAUUUAUAUUAAUAUUGGGAGUCCUGGGCGUGUGUGUGCGUGUGACGAGCGUUCUAGGUUUAAGGUAGUUUUAAGGUAGUCGUUAAGUAUAGGUUAAGUGUUAUUUUGUAUUUGAAAGAUUGUAGCCCUAAGGGGAACAAUAAAUAUAUAUUAAUUAAUUAAUAUUGGGAA